AUGACUCCCGUCUUUGGGAUUUUAAUCGGAUUCUGGCUGACAGCGUGGAUGUCGUGGAAGCUUCUGAGCUUCAGCACCGCAACUGAACAGCAGGGAGUAUAUGAUGGAGGGGAUGAAUGCAUCGAGGCACCUGGCCUAUGUUCCCUCAUAAACCCCAGCAAUGCAUCUGUAGAUCUUGGGGGUCUUGUCAUAAAGGCUGCUUUGACGUACGCCGAUAGGGCGCGCAGCGGGCACCUUGAGCACCACAAGGCUGUGAAGGAUUCCACAUACGGUGUUCUGUACAUGGGAACCCCGCACCAAGGCGCUGACAAAAUAUCUCUUCUGAAAGUUAUAGUGAGAAUAACGGCUCUUUAUGAGGGAAAACAUGCAGACGACAAAUUACUAGACGAUCUAAGAAGUUUUUCACCAUUUCUUGAGGAACUCCAAGAUACCUACAACGCAAUUAGUGGGGACUUUGAAACGACAUUCUUCUAUGAGACUCUUCCAACGCCUGUUCAUUCUCUAGGACCUCGUCUGAUGAUGGUUCCAAAGAACUCUGCAAUUAUUCCAGGAGCUGUCAACGCGGAAUCUAUUCGGUUCGAUGCCGAUCAUUUGACAAUCGUCAAAUAUGACUCGAUCGAAAAUGCCAAGAUGCAGAUCAUAGGUAUAAUACCAAUGGAGUUCCGAGUUGGCCUCGAACUCCCCCAGAUACGGAAUCCUAGCUUCACUGGAAGGGAGUAUAUUCUCAAAAAUAUGUCUGAAUUGCUGCACAGCGAUGCAAAUGAUGGUCAACAGUCAUUAGUCCUGUUCAAUCUAGGAGGCGUGGGGAAAACACAGAUCGCCCUUGAGUUUGCCUAUCGGGCCGAACAUAAUUUUAGCUCCACGUUCUGGAUUGAUGGCUCGACUCAAGAGACAGUAUUUUAUAGCAUUCGCGAUAUCUUGAAGUCGAUAACAAGCCAUUACAGAGCAAAUGGACUUGAGACCAAUAAUCCACGCUUUCGAACACUAGAGGAGGUACUCAGCUCACCAGGAGACAAAGACUGGAGAUACGGCAGCGGCUACGAAUAUAGCAGAUUCGAACGCCUGAGGGAUGCCUUUCGCCAGUGGUUAUCCUAUAGCGAGAAUAGAAACUGGCUGGUGAUACUAGACAACGUCAAUGAUCUUGAAUCAUAUAACUUUCGCCAGUUGUUGCCAGUGAAACCCUGGGGCUCGGUGCUAAUCACAACUACAAGAACUGACCUAACUGUCACCUGGAAAUCAGUUGAAGUGCUGGAGAUGGAUGAGUCCGAGUGCGUGGACCUCUUAAGGAAGACAUCAGGCUUAGCUCUGGAGUCCAAGAGCGAAGGUGGGGCUAGUUGCAGUCUGCGAAGAUCCUUACCAACCUUCUCGGGUACCUUCCAUUGGCCAUCGCGCAAGCCGGGUCAUACCUAA